AUGUGUUGGUCAAAAACAAGCUCUUGUUCCUUCUUCUUGAUAGGAUUGGUCAUGACUCUUGAUCAAGUGAGAAGAAUGCAUAACAUUCAACAAAAAGAACAUCGUGGACGCAUGUUCUCUCAAGUAUUGUUGUACUUGUCUUACACACUCAUGGAGUUGUUGCAAUUCAUGCAAUAUGUGUUUGGUAUUGAAGGUACUUGUGGUACCAGUCACAAUGUGAUAUUAACCAUUCUUGCACAUGUAUUGAUUUGGACUCAACCCAUCGCUCAUAAUUAUUGGUGUUUGAAGAAUACAAGAAAAGGAAGAUCUGCCAUGAGAUAUGCUCUCUUUUCUUCAUUUGUAACAUUUCUUGUAGCAACCAUCUCGUUACUGUUGGGAUAUUAUCAUGUGGGAGGUUUUGGUUUGGAGUCCAUGAUGAUGAAGGAAGAAGAGUCGUUUUCGACAUUCACCAGUAGUAGUAGUAGUAGUUGUAGCAGUUGUAGUAGUAGCAGUAGUUGUAAUCGUAGUUGUAAUCGUACCGGUGGCAUUGGUGGUCAUUUAUUGGGUAUUGAAAUUCAAAAUGUUCAUCCUGUUCUGUGUUCCUAUCAAGGUCCUAAUCAUCUCUACUGGAUGUUUCCCUAUCAUCCCUUGUGGGGUCAUGGUAUUAGUUGGUAUGUGUGGCUCAUUCAAACAGUCACUCCACACUUAUUUAGACAUUCAGUUCCAAAUAAUGAUUUCCUUGGUAAGAAUUGGGUGGUUGCAAGUUCUGUGGUGAUGGGAUGGUUAGUAGCUCUUGUCAUUACUCUUCAAGUGGGUGGUAUUAUUCAUGAAAUUCCAUCCUAUUGGUGUCUCAUUUCAAUUCCAUGGUUAAUUCUUCCCUAUAUCUUUGCCAUGAUGAAGCCUAAAAGAUUUUUAGUGAAUGAGGAAUUGUUUAUCAAAUCAUCUCGAAAGAAAAAGGAAUAA